AUGGACGCAGAAGCUAAAAAUUGGAUGGAAAAUAAUUCGGAAGGAAUUAGAGCGGAAGCUCAAAAAUUGUUCCGUCUUGAAUGCAUUGAAACACUUACGUGGCCACCAUGUUCAUCCUUACCAGAAAUAAUUAAAGGGCAAAAAUCCGAAUCAAUUGAAUUUGAGCUGGGUGAGAAUCUGAAUAAUGGAGCGAUUGGGCCUAUGGAGCCAUCGACGUACAUUAGUCCAAAAAUCGAUAGCGAUGGCAACAUUAUCGAUUUCAUCGAAGAAGCUCGCUCUUCAGCAGAGUUUGGGUCUUCGACUGUUUCAAUGUCGAUUAAUAGAGCUCCUUUUAAGUAUGCAAAUGCCAAUACGUCCUCAAUUAAAGGCUCAUCGAGCAACGUGCCAUUUCUUCCGGGCUACGUUGAUGAUUUGGAUGAAUUUCUCGAGUCCGAAUCUUCAAUAGAAUGUAAACAUGAUGAGCUGAAAUUUUUGGAUUUCUCAAAUCCCGAUAAAUUCUUGAUGGAUGUGCCGGUUAUUGGAACUGUCGUGUUUCCUGCCGUUGCUCCAACGCCAAGUUCAGAAGAAAAGGAGGAAAUUGAGGAGAAGGCAUCGUUCGAUUUGGAAUCUGGAGACUUCUUCGAUCUCAUUGAUUUUGUGUCGUCGGGAGCGCCGGUAUGCGUUCCAGAAGCUGAAAGUGCAAAUCCGACGGAGAACGAUGAGAAGCCAGAAUGUGAUGAACCUGAUGAAAAACCCGUAGAAGACGAAAUCGACGUCCCACUACUUGAAGCUGAAAAAACAAACGACGACGAUGACGACGAUUCGACAACACCGCCAAAUAUUUCCACGGAAAAAUUUGCCUAUGCGAAGGAAGUGGAAACAUUGAGCGAUUUUGAGGAAUACAAACAGUUAUUGCCAACAAUGGCAAGAAAAUAUCCUUUCGACUUGGAUCCAUUUCAGCAGGCUUCAGUUUUGUGCAUGGAACGCGGUGAAUCGCUAUUCGUUGCUGCGCACACGUCGGCCGGUAAAACAGUUGUCGCCGAAUACGCGAUUGCAAUGUGUAAAUCGCAUAAAACACGGGCGAUUUAUACGUCGCCGAUUAAGGCGCUAUCAAAUCAGAAGUUCCGCGAUUUCAAGCAAAUCUUUGAUGAUGUCGGACUUGUCACCGGCGAUAUUCAGCUUCAUCCAGAGGCAUUUUGUAUAAUCAUGACCACCGAGAUUCUCCGGUCAAUGCUUUAUAAUGGAUCUGAUGUGAUUCGAGACCUUGAAUGGGUGGUCUUCGACGAGGUUCAUUAUAUCAACAAUGAAGAGCGUGGACAUGUCUGGGAAGAGGUUUUAAUCAUGCUUCCCGCCCAUGUGAAAAUUGUGAUGCUUUCGGCGACCGUUCCAAAUUGUGUCGAAUUCGCCGACUGGGUUGGACGCAUCAAGAAUCGCCGAAUCAACGUGAUCUCAACACUUCGGAGACCGGUGCCACUCGAGCAUUAUCUGUACACGGGACAGGACGGCAAAACUCAACGUGAUUUGUUCAAAAUUAUUGAUCGAAACGGUAAUUUCAUCAUGAAGGGCUACCGAGAAGCCAAAGAAGCGAAGGAGAAACUGAGCGAGAAGGCUCAGCGGAUGAUGAGUCAACAGAAUACGCGAGGAGGUGGCGUCGGCGCGAAUGGGCGUGGAAGGGGAAAUGGACGAGGCAAUGGACGACCGGCAAAUUCGGGAAAAUCGUGGCCGGGAAAGAAUGACAAGGCGAUUUACUUGAAUCUAAUCAAUUUCAUGAAGGCCAAUGAUCAAUUACCGCUGGUGGCGUUCGUGUUCUCGAGAAAACGAUGCGACGAAAAUGCGCAACUCUUGAGCUCCAUGGACCUCACGUCGGCGGUUGAGAAGUCGCACGUGCACAAAUUUUUCUCUCAAUGCAUCGAUAGGCUGAAAGGGAGCGACAAACAGCUACCGCAAGUGCUCACAAUGCAAGAAAUGUGCCUUCGCGGAUUCGCCGUUCAUCACAGCGGAAUUCUUCCGAUUCUCAAAGAAGUUGUUGAGAUGCUCUUUCAGAAGGGUUAUGUUAAAAUUCUAUUUGCUACUGAAACGUUCGCGAUGGGCGUUAACAUGCCGGCGAGAUGUGUGGUUUUUGAUAGUAUUUCUAAACACGAUGGAACUGAGAGGCGACUCCUGAACCCUGGCGAAUAUACGCAGAUGGCUGGUCGUGCUGGACGCCGAGGUCUCGACUCGACUGGUACUGUAAUCGUUUUGUGCAAAGAUGCUCAUGUGCCGCCCUACGAAGGGCUUUGUAAACUGAUGAGCGGCUCGGCUUUGAGGCUCGAGAGCAAGUUUCGUGUAACAUACUCAAUGCUUCUCAAUUUGCUAAGAGUCGAACAGCUUAGAAUCGAGGACAUGCUGAAAAGGAGUUUUGUCGAAAGCGACUCACUUCGAGAAUCGAGAGAUCGAAAAAAACUGUUGAAAGAUGCCCAAAAAAUGCUCGACGAGAUGUCAACGACCGAAUGCUCGGUUUGUGUUCCAGCCGAUUCGUCAAAUUGGGAAGGAUCGCUUCUAGCCUUUCACGACGCUCUCGCGAAUUUUGUUGCGACUCGCGCAGAAUUGUGGCCUAAAUUGAAUGGGGAAAUUUCAAUUAACAAAUUGUUCGCCUCCGGUCGAUUUUUGAUAGUUUCGAGCGCUCAGCACGGAUUGCAGAACGACCUGGUGAUGUUGCUCAAAGAAAUGCAAAACGGCGGCACACGAACUCUUCAGAUAAUGUAUCCUGUAAAAGACUACGAUGAAUGCCAUGAGCGCAAUCAAAGUGCCGAGAAUUUUUUAAAGCUUUCGAAAAAGGAAUCUGAAUGGGAAACUGAAGAGAAUGCAAUGCUUGGUGUUGCACUUUAUGGUGUUCUUGGAGUUCGAGCUCAUAGCGAAGAGAGAAAUUUCUUCCGCGUCUGCGAAGUCGCGUUCAACACCGUCGUCGGUGUUGUGAAAAAAAUCGCGAAAGCUGUGAAUAUCGCCGACAUUGUGCAGGACUAUCAAUUGAAAAUGCUUCCGCGGUUCAGAAAGCAGGCGGUUGCCGAUAUGACGGCCAAGGCAAUUCAGCAAUGUAUUUCAGUGGCGGCUGAUAUACACAAAAAUGAAAUUGAGGUUUAUCAAAUGAUUGAACUUGUGAGAUCAGUAUCAAACAUUGAAUUGAACAAUGAUGCUUCGAUGGCGGCUUCAGCGGAACUCGAUUUUCUUGAUUCUCAAGCAUUCCCGGCGAGAUAUUGUACAAGAUUUGAGGAGCAUUUCUCGAAAUUACGAAAUCGUGUCAAGGUGGAACGAGCGGCAUCAACUCUCCAGUAUGAAUUAUCGAGUGAUGCUCUUCUGCUCAGCGAAGAAUAUCAAAAUAAACUCAAGGUCCUAGAGGAGCUCGAAUUCGUGCAAGCCGACAAAAUGGUGAGCCUCAGAGGGCGUGUUGCCUGCGAGAUUCAUCAUCAAGAGCUUCUAAUCACCGAGCUGAUUCUCGGCUACAAAUUCCAUACGAGACCGCCAGCGGAGCUCGCUGCACUUCUCUCAACGCUCACAUGUCAAUACAAUUCGGGCAAAGAAUUAAAGUUCGACAAAGAUUCGGUGUUCUUUGAGAUUCGAGAAUGCGUGGAGUCUGUGAUGAAGCGACUUGAAACGAUCGCGGCGAGAAAUAAGGCGCAAAUUGCGGAGGUUGGAGGCGAGAUUCGAUAUGAUUUAAUGGAAGUUGUUUACAAUUGGGCACUUGGAGUGCCUUUUGCUGAAAUUAUGAAACUCACGGAUGCUCACGAAGGUCUUAUAGUAAAGUGCAUUCAGCGAUUAGAUGAAGUCUGCAAGGACGUCAGAAAUGCUGGCCGAAUUGUCGGCGAUCCUGCCCUUGUUGAGAAAAUGGAAGAGGUGAGCGCGUCGAUUCGAAGGGAUAUCGUGUUUGCAGCUUCGCUUUACACUUCAAUGAGAUUGACUUCUGAUGAAUCGGCGCAAAAAUUCAUCAUCGAAACUGUUCGAAGCCCCGAAGAAUUCAUCAAAGUCGUUUCCAAUAUUCAAUACAAAUUCCCAUAUAGCCGAAUUCCGGAUGAUUAUCCGUUCAAGGCGGAGCGAGAAGAGCGCAUUAAACGACGAUUCUACCUUGCCAUUAUAUCGCUGCUCGUUCUUUCGGUGUUGUCGUUGCUCACAAUCAUGUUCAUGACGAGUUUGGCGAGAUACAACGAGCGGAAGAACGCGCACAAGGGACAUCAAGCUCAUCACAAGCAUAGCAAUGAGAUUCGAAUCGAGAAGAAUCCGCUGAGCAAAGAGCCGACGAACUCGAAAGAGGCACGCCCGAAACAUUCCAAGGAGAAAAUUGACAAGCAGCCCGAAUCGAAGAAAUCGGAACGCGAGAAAGAGCGAGCCGUGUCGCCGGCGCCGACGAUGGACAAAUCGCAAGGCGGAAGCAAGAAUCGAUCGAAGAAGAAUAGCGAGAAGAUUGGAAGCAAGGAGAAGGCGCCAGGCAAAGAUGGCGCCUCGGAAAAAGAUGCGUCGAUGAAGGCGGAGAAGGUGGCGCAGGCGGUGUCGAAGGAGCGAAGCGAGGAGAAGGAAAAGGUGACGCAGGAUGUGGACGAAUCAAUGAAGGCGCAGAAGCCGACGGAGACAUCGACGAAGACCAAUUAG